CUUUUAUCACCAUAGUACCACUCAUCAUACCCCUUAUCGAGGCAUGUGACUCCAAUACCAUUGCAUUGGGAAACAUGUGUGGUAAAAAAUAAAAAAAAACUAGAGUGGUUGGGAGCAGCGAAUGAUUAGGCGGGGAAAGAGAGCUAAACAAGGAGAUAAGGAUGUAGGUAUUAGAGUGACCUCUAGCAUCUCAUCGCUUCGAUUAAACUUCAGGUCAUCAUACAUAGGAGGGAAGAGGUGAUGUUUAGAAGGUUGGUUCCAUGGCUCAGUGCUUUCCUCCUUAUGGCUGGUCACAGGAGGGGAAAAAACGAAGCAGCUUCCCCAAAGGCUCUCUGCUUCUCCCUCGGCCCUCCAACUCAGCUCCACCCUCUCUAGAUUUCGGGGCUUCCUGCCCCUUCUCGUCAUCUUCGGUGAGCGGGAGGAGUGCAACAGCGGCCAGGGCCUUGAAGAUCCACAGCGAGGCUGAGAAGAGGAGGAGAGAGAGGAUUAAUGCUCAUCUUUCUACUCUGAGGCGCAUGAUUCCAGAUGCUGACAAGAUGGACAAGGCUUCUUUGCUUGGUAGAGUGAUUGACCAAGUGAAGGAUCUCAAGAGAAAGGCAAGUGACAUUGGCAACUGCUUCCAAGUCCCAGCAGAGGUGAAUGAGGUGACAGUAGAAUGCAACCAAGGGAAUGGCCACCCCGGUGCCGACCACGGAAGCCUCUACAUAAAGGCUACCAUUUGCUGCAAUGACCGGCCGGAUUUAUUCACCGACCUCACCCAAGCAUUCCAUGAUCUGAGACUCAGGACAAUCAGAGCAGACAUCACCUCAUUGGGAGGGAGAGUGCAGAAUGUGUUCAUGCUAUAUGGGAAGGAGGGCAACGUAAGUGUGUGUUUGAGCUCUCUCAAGGAGUCCAUAGAAGAGGCCCUUUCCAGGGUGGUCUCUCCGGAUAUGGCACCCACAAAUGUCGUUCCAAGCAAGAAGCAAAAGCUUCUGGAAUCACACUACUCCAGAGUGACCUUCUAGGAUACCACAUCCAAGAAAUUUUUUCUUUUGUUCCUUCUUCUUCUUUCCCUUCGCUGUUUGCCAUCAAAUCUGCAGCCCAACUGCAAGCCUAGGCCCUACAACCUGGAACACUUGAGCCCAAGCUUGACUCUUUCUUCCCCCCUAUUUGAACACAAGCUCAAAUUUUGUCAAUGUAGUCUCUUGUCGACCAAGUUCGCAAUGAUAAAUAAAUUAUGCUUCCUAAUGCUUGCAUCA